AUGUCCAUUUAUAUGGGCUAUGUUGGCCAAAAACCCCAACCAGUUGCCUUGCGACUGCGAAAGCCAGCGAGCCAGAGUGCGAUCGGCUUAUUGAACAACCGACAAAGGCGGACGGACUGGGCAGCCAUGUCCAAGCAAAUUGCUCACGGCAACGUAGAGAGGCCGCAGGAACAGAGUUGGGCCUGGAAAUUGGUUGCCUACUUAAAGGAUUACUGCGCCAAUUGUACCUUGGUCGGGUUUGCCUACAUUGCCAAUCAGAAUCUGCAUCCAUUGGAGCGCAUCUUUUGGGUGAGUUGUGUCCUGCUCUCGGCCAUGGGCUGCUAUCAUUUGAUCAGCGAGUACCAGCGGGACUUUCCCAUACGAGCAGUAAGCAUUGUUUACGAGAGCUUGUCGCCAUUUCAACGCGUGAAAUUUCCCACGGUCAGUGUGUGCGAUUUUAUAUAUAAAGACCAGGUUGGGGCAGAAUUGGAAAACUUUAUUGCAAGCUUGGGAACUGGAUUGAUCGAAGAGUACAACUAUGAAGUGGAAUCGCACAUGGAAUUCAUACUUUUUCCGUAUUUAUAUCAUGAGGGUGCCAUUAGGUCGAGCUGCGAGCAUUAUGAAACUUGUGAGCAGUGCGCCAAGUGUCAAAAAAAAAACUAUCGCGAUUUUUUAACAAGGUUUGGUGCCAAUUGCUCGGACAUGUUUAUCGAGUGCACGCUAGCGGGAAGCACCUUUGAUUGUUGCAAAUAUUUCCUGCCGCUUACUACGCCAUAUGGACGUUGCUUUCUGCUUAAUUCACUUCAAAAUAAUCAAAGAAACUCAAAGCACUGGUUGCCCACUAUGUUGGAUCCGGGCAGUCAGAAGGCAAUUAUGCAGCUACUUACAUAUCGGUCAAUAUAUGUGAGUUUAAUGGACGAAGAGGACUUGCCACAUACAGCCCUUAGUGGCGUUGGUGUAAGCAUCUCAGCCCCUGGACAACAGAAGACGAUACAAUUUUACUUGGAAGCCAUGGACAAUGAUGACGAUGUGCGUAAUAUUCCGGGAGAAGUGCGAAAAUGUUACUUUCCCGAUGAAUUAUUGCCAGGCAGUGUAUACAAAGCCUACAGCUUUAGUUCUUGCAUCAGUGACUGUGCUCGUCUUAUACAGCUGGAAUUGUGUAAUUGCACAUCUUAUACCUUUAAUCCGUUUAAUGAUAGCCGGUUUCCCGAUUGCGAUAUGGAUGGAUAUCUAUGCUUGGAGGAUCAUUCCAUGGUCAAACCGGAUGCCAAGUUCCUUAUGCAAUUGAAAAGUCCCAAGCUCAGCUGUAGUUGCCUGCCGUCCUGCAAUGAGGUUGACAAGCGAAUGGUCUAUGAAUCAGUAUCGUCAUAUAACUUAAGCAGCCAAGCGCGAAACAUAACUCUCUCAAUGCCUAUUUGGCCUACGGAUCAAUAUCGCCGACAAGCGCUGCGCACGCGGCUUGACGUUGUGGUGACCAUGGGUGGUAUGCUGGGCCUCUUUCUUGGCGCCAGCAUACUGAGCGGUAUUGAGUUUGUUUAUUACUUUACCCUACGCGCCGCCAAUACGGCCCUAGAAGAGCGUCGAAAUCAAAGCCCCAGGCCAGCACGCGCAAGCUGA